CUUUUUUCUCUUCUGCAUUUUCUUCCACCUUUCAGUCACUCUUUAAAUAUACAUCUAUAACUACAUCCCCUAGGAAUCUCAAAGCUCAAAGCUUCUAUGUUUCAGAGCCACUUUUGCCAUAUCCGUGGUUGCGUGUUUUUAAAUCUAUUCUAUAAUCUAAUUUGAGGAUGACACCCAUUUCACUUUAACCCCUCUCGAUGAAUAAAUUUAGAUGGUUCAAUUGCAAUCUAUUUAGCUGCAUGACCCCAUGACUGCAACCGUGUUGUCACUAAUUAAAGUUCCCAUUUUUCUUUAGUGGUUUAUUCCCGGUGCCUCAUUAUACUGUUACUGGGAUAAUUUAUAGUUCACAUAAUUUACUCAGAUUUUUUGUUUUUUCUUUUAUGAUCCGGAUUCCUGUGAUAGUUUACUCGUUGAUUACUGAAAUCUACGGAAUGCAUUCUUUGAUUUUUUUUCUUAAAACUGACUUCUAGGAGCUGCAUCUCAAUUGGCACUACGCCUUAGGAAUUGUGCUGUCCAAAUCUCAUUGAGAUGUUUUGGUCAUUUCUUUUGUUAACUCUCACUAUCCCUCCAUAUAUGAACUUGUAGACCUCCUUUGAAGGUUUUAAUUGUGGUGGUUGUCAUAGUCGUUAUGUUGUAAUCCCUGAUAUGCAGAAAUUUGCACACAAAUGCAGCGGAUGUGGCUGCAAUUAUAGUCAUAAACGGUUAAUUUGAAACCUUGCCUCCUUUAUCACUGGAAAAGGGGGAAAUCUUAAACUUGGUCGACGGUAUUCUUUGCCGUAUUUACCUGUCCAAGUGUACCUACUUGCACAUUUGUGAUGAAGCAUUUGGAUGAAUUUAUAUUCAAAUGCCUGUGUUUAUUUGUUUUUUCUUUUGUAUAUUUUAUGUCGAAUGAAAGCUUGUAUGGAUAAGAUGAGUGGUUGAUGAGAUAUGAAGAUCUCAUGUCAGCUGAGUGUAUGACCAAUGUUGUCCUUGAGCUGUUAUUCCUGGCUGAAUUAGGUCUAUUCCAUUCUCAUCUAAUACAAGCUUUUGAAAGUAUUUCAAUUUUGCCAACGUUAACGAAUGUUUGGUUAAGAAGAAAUUUUGUGGAAGGAGAGGAAAUGAGGGAAGAGUGACAAGCUGCAAAUUUGGAGCUGUUUGAUUUGCAUGCAAUCUUUGGUGUUAUUCUCUUUCGACAAAACUGUGUCUGCCCGAGUUGCUACUGGAGCUCAGCGGCACUGCUGGUGGGCGUCAUCUUUGUGGAGCCACUCCUUAAUGUUUUUGGUUGACGGCAUAGUCCAUUAUGGUGACACCUAAUCAAUUAUACUUCAACCAAAGUUGGUUAUGAAGUAGUAAACCGAUGGACUCCUAUCAUAAUAUGCUAGUCCUAAUCUGAAAAUGGAAAACGAUCAAAGAGCUGGUGGUACACAAGAUAGUUCAAUGAUGAAAUCUGUUGAUCAAAGAAUACGCUCUAAGGGGCGUAAUGACAUAAUGACUCGCCGUCUGAAGAAUCGAGAGAGGCAACGAAGGUACAGGGCACGGAAGCGGCUAGAAGCUGAAACAAAGAAGUCAUUUGUUGUGGAAGAGACACCAGCUGUGAAAGUUGAACAACCACCAAAUGGGAACUACAACAACAACUGCAUGACCCGCAUAUAUUGUAAACGAGAUUGGAAGAAGGAUGCUAGACGUGCCCAUGUGUUAAAACAUCAACAAAUGAAUAGAUCUAGUGAUCCUCCAACCAUAACUAGCAUGCCUGAGAUAUCUUGCUUAGCCAUUGGAAAUAAGUCAGAAACAGUGCCAGAGAAGGAAAUUCAGUCUGAAUCUUCUAGUAUUGUUAGUACUGAAACUCCUAGAGUGGCGCUGAGUCGAAGAAAUUGGAAAGCAGAAGCCAGAAGAAAGAAAAACUAGUUGGUUCUUCAUUUCAUGUUUUAAAAAGAGCUUUGAAAUGAUCAGGACCAACAAAAAUCUGCUUCAUUUUCUACGUUAUUCAUUCAUACCUUUCAUCACAGACGUAGAAAGGGCAUCAAAGAAGAUACCUGGCUGACUCUGGUCAUUGCUUGAUGUUUGGCACAGAGCUAAUCAGAAGAUCAUCUCCAGAGUGAAACGGAUUUUUUAUGACAUGUUGAGUAUGCAGAUAGAGUUUUCAACUUUAGUGCAAUGUAUGUUUGAGAAACAAACUAUCAAUCUAUUUAUGAAUUUGUAAUAUAUAAAUCUUGAUUUACGAAAUAAGAUGCUCUUAGAAGUCAAUCUCA